UCUGCUGACCGCAGUGUGUAGUGCAUCUUCUUCUUCUACGCUGAGUGUGUUCGCCGUGACAUCUCGACCAUCAUCUCGUUACGCACGUUUAAUGAACUGAGACAAUCGAAAGUGUUGAUUUUUUUUUUCGUGGGACUGGUCUAGUUGGAAUUAUUUUGUGGAUUAGAUUUUUGGAUCCCCCGGUGAGCUGGUGAAGUAGAUACGGUAGAUUGAACGUUCUACGCUGGCUUCUUUGGGAGGCGGAAUCCCGCGAAGACAUGCCGGCCUUGGAGAAAGUCGCGGCCAACAAUACGACAUUGGCACUGCAUUAUGCGGCGGCUAGAGGAUGUUUGGAUUGCGUCCGCUUGUUAGUGGAUUCAUCACCGGAAUUAAGCGCCAAUACCCAGAUGGACAAUGACGUCACACCUGUAUAUCUGGCUGCUCAAGAAGGCCACCUAGAGGUCUUGAAAUUUCUAGUAUUAGAAGCAGGAGGUUCCCUCUACGUUCGAGCUAAAGAUGGAAUGGCUCCGAUCCAUGCCGCUAGUCAAAUGGGAUGUUUAAAUUGUGUCAAAUGGAUGAUUCAAGACCAAGGAGUAGAUCCCAAUCUUAGAGAUGGUGAUGGUGCAACGCCUCUGCACUUUGCAGCUUCCAGAGGACACUUGGACACUGUUCGUUGGUUAUUGAAGCAUGGAGCCCGUUUAUCACUAGACAAAUUUGGAAAAAGUCCCAUCAAUGAUGCAGCAGAAAACCAACAAGUUGAGUGUCUGAAUGUCUUAGUCCAGCAUGGAACUACACCAGACUACCAAACCACUCUCGAUAAAUUCUCCAAUGGCAAGGGCUGUUCCUGUACUAGAAAAGGAGAUAAACUUAGAAGAGGAAACAGCGUAGCCAGCGACUGCUCAAACUGCAAACCUAAGUCAAUUAGUAGCAACAAUACCAUGAAACACAAUAAUUCAGAACCGUUUUAUCUUCAUCCACCUUUAAGUGACAGAUCGAUGGAGCCUGCCCAUGCACCGGAAAAUGGUCUUUAUAUUAAUCCAAUGAGCAAACACAGACACAGUGCAUCUAGCAGCUCUGAAAGCAGUGUAAGCAGUGGAAAUGGAGAAUCGUUUUACUUGCACAAUCCCCAGGAGGUGAUCUACAAUAGAGUCAAAGACCUUUUCGAAUCAACACAGAGACAACAAGGUCUUUCAGCUUUAACAGUAAAAGUAGAAGUGCAUUCAAGUAGCAGUGGUGCCGGAUCAGAUGAGAAUCUAUCUUCCUCAGAUCUAUCAGAACGAUCGGGGGACCACGAGCAUGAUUACGAAGACAUCUACAUGAUCAGAGAAGAAAACAAAGCUUUAGAAAGAAACAAGAACCGAUCUCGAUCAAGAGACUCUGGCUCGCACAGUAGAUCUGGAUCUGUGACGUCAUCCAAUUCUGGUGGUCACGUGGUGGUUCAUUUGACUACAGACAACAACAAUAACGAUCAUCGAGCUGCAAUUGGCAAAGCUGAGGAGAUAUACCAAAAAGAGAAUGCCAAGGAAAAGGAAGCAGCAAAUGAGUCAUGCCUCUCUUCAGGAACUUCGCCACUAAGCUCUGAAGACGAGCCAGAAAAAGUGAAGCUCGGACCGCGCCACUCACUUCCUCCCAAAACCAACAAUGCCACCAGCAACAACAAAAUUUUGAAAAGAGUGACGUCAGUUCCGCUGGAAACAUCAGUGCCGCCCCCACCUCCUCCUCCACCGAAUGCUCUGCGCUUCGAUCCUGAUGAUGAGCCAAGAGGGGCCGAAAUCGUGGAGGUUGUAGAGGAACCCACUUUGAAACCGUCGGAUAUUUUGAAAGGGAUGUGCCGGAGUAUGUCUGCUUUAUCCGCUAGACGCCUCAACUCUUCGUGCUCAGAUCUCACCAUCGUCAGUCUAGAUGGAGACGAAGCAGAUAAGCACGGGCCGAACUUAGUGAACAAACAGCGAGUGUUACCCUUCAUCCCCCCCUCGUUCCCCGGAAGUGCGAAUUCGAAUAACUUGAUCAAGCCUUCGGAGUAUCUGAGGAGUAUCAGUGAUAAGCGGUCUUCAAUUAGUUCCGUGAGAAGUUUAUCCGAAAGUGACGAUACUGAAAGCAAGUUUGAAGAGAAAAGGUUGGACAUUGUGAGGGUCGCUCCAGGACCACCGCCUCCUCCUUUACCGGAUUUGAAUCUAAAAGAGGAAGGAAACAACGAAAUGGUUAAAAAACAGAACCAGCCACUCUCGGCGAUAAGCAUUCAAGAUCUGAACUCAGUUCAACUAAGAAGAACCGAAAAAAUGACAGCUUCAAAAACAUUUUCUGCUCCUACAAGAAGUAUGAGUCUUCAAUGUCUUCAAAGUGAACCGUUUCUAGCCCAGAAGACCGACCUAAUAGCUGAACUGAAAAUGUCCAAAGAUAUCACCGGAAUUAAAAAAAUGAAAAUUGAGCGAGCCAAAUGCGAGGAGAGUAAGGGGAAAGAAAUAUUUUCGGAAAUUUCAAAGCAGUUUACAACAACUAGGUUUGUAGAAAAGGUUCCAGAAAAAGACAACACAGGAAAUAUAAUUCCAGCAUGGAAAAGGCAAAUGUUAGCGAAAAAAGCAGCUGAAAAGGCUCGGAAAGAAUUGGAAGAACAACUGUUGAGGGACGCAGAGGAAAAACGGUUGCAAGCGAUACCACAGUGGAAACGACAGCUUUUACAAAAGAAAGAGGAGGCUGAAUAUAAAAUAAGAUCAACCUUAUACACUCCCAAAGUAGUAGACGAGCCAAAAAUAAAGAUUCAAGACACAGAAAUAAUUUCUAGAUCUCCCGACUUAAAGGACGAGCACGAGAACGAGGAGAAUUUUUACAACGAUGACAGCAUCAAACUAGAAAAUGAACCGACCGAAGGAGAAGAAGAACAGUCCGACGAAGAACCUGCGAACAUCAUACCGUGGAGGGCGCAUCUGAGGAAAACCAACAGCAAAUUAAAUCUAUUAGAAUAGUUUAGCCAUUUAUACAUAAUAUAUUAUAUUGAAAUGUUUAUAUAAGUUAUUGAAAUAUUUUUAAUGCAGGAUAUUGGAAAAUCUUCACUCGACAGUAUAUUUUUAAAUACAUACAUAAUCGUUUAUCUUCUACCGUUAGGUGUCAAGGAAGGAGCUUUUAGCCUUUGAUGAAUUUUCUCCAUUUUUCCUGUUCUUCGCCAUUUGUAUUUCCUCUUGCCAAGAUUUGCCCUUAUUUUGUAAUAUAUCAGUUACACUGCUGUUCUCUGUUCCACUCUUUUAUUGGUCUGCCUCUACUGUUUUUCCUAUUUUUUUAGCUUCCCACACUAUUUUCUCGUACCUCUCACUGCUCGUUCAUGUUAUGUGACCGAACCAUGGCUAUUUUUUUUCUCCUUUUGUAUCAAGUAACUGUUUAAUUGUAAGUAUCUUCAUUUUUAAGUAUGUCUGUCUUUCUUGCCCCUAUCGUUCCUCUGAGGUAUUUCAUCUUUGCUGCUUGUAUGCUUCUGUGGUGUGUUCUGUUUAAGAUCCAGUUAUCUACUCAAUAUGUCAAUACAUAUGUCAAAGUUGGCCUAAACAGGGUAGCCAGAAAGUAUGGAAACACGGUGAUUUCUCGGAAACCGCUUGAACGAUUUUUAUAAAUUUUGGUGGGUAGGGGUGUCCUAAUGCGGCCGAUAUUAUAGUGGUAAUUACAUUGUUGUCAAAUCUUCCGCUUUUCUGUAAAUUUAAUUAACUUUCUUAUUUUAAACAGAACACCUUGUAUAUUUUUUGUGUUUUGAAGUCCUUAAGAGAUACUGAUUAUUUUUCAUGUUAUGUUCCCUAUACCUAAAUGCCAUAAUCUCGGAGUUAUUGCUACGUUUAUUAAAAAAACAAUUUUUAACAAAUUAUACAAAUUUAUUUUUUUGGACCGGGUAGAUAUUGUUUUAGGUUCUUUGGGUCAUUGGGAACAAAAAAGGUCUUUUGUAAUUUUUCUCAAAAAUUAAUCGAUUUCGAGUUAUAAACAAUUUAAAAAUGAAAAAAAUCGAAAAAUGACGAUUUUCAAGGUUCAAAAAGUAAAAAAAUCAUUUUUAAAAUUACGAAGUACCUAAAUUCAAGUUCAAACCUUUUUCUAUCAGAUCUCUAAAGAAUUUUUGGCAUAUUUUAUUCUAAAACAUUGUUUUUUUAAUUGUUAAUAAAGCUCAUAUGCGAGGACAAGCUAUCGGGCUGCAUUAACAAAAAAUAAAAUUACACAUUAAUAAAAUUAACAAAAAACUAAAAAAUAAUGUUUUAGAAUGAAAUAAGACCAAAUCACUUAUCGGCAUCUGAUAAAAUAAGGCUUGAGCUUGAAUUUAGGCACUUCAUAGUUUCAAAAAUAAUAUUUUUACUUAUGUUUUUGAACCCAGAAAAUUGUCAUUUUUCGAUUUAUUUCAGUUUUAAUAUGUUUUUAACUCGGAAACGAUUAACUUUUGAGGAAAAUUACAAAAGACCUUUUUUGUUCCCAAUGAACCAAAGAACCUAAAAUAAUAUCUACCCAGUCCAAAAAAAUAAAUUUGUAUAAUUUGUUAAAAAAAAAUUUUUAAUAAAUGUAGCAAUAACUCCGAAAUUAUGGCAUUUAGGUAUAGGGAACAUAACAUGAAAAAUAAUCAGAAUUUCUUAAGGGCUUCAAAACAUAAAAAAUAUACAGGGUGUUUCAUUUAAAAUAAAAAAGUUCAUUAGAUUUCCAGAAAAACGGAAAAUUUGACAACAAUGUAAUUAUCACUAUAAUAUCGGUCGUAUUAGAAUACCCUUACUCACCAAAAUUUAUAACAAUCGUCUAAGCGGUUUCCGAGAAAUUACCGUGUUUCCAUACUUUCUCGCUACCCUGUAUAUUAUUUCAUAUAUUGUUAUCAUCAUUUUUUUUUUUAAAUUUCUUUGUUGUUGAGGAAUCCUCUAUUUAGAGCUUUGAAUAGUUUUCCUAUACUCUCUAGUCUGUUGUCGAGAUCGUUCUCGGUGCUUCCUCUAUUAUUUAUUUCCCAGGUAUUUGUAUAUAUCUGUUUGCUUUAUUUUUUAUUGAUCUGUUACCACUUCGAUUAGGUCAUCUGUGACUUUUUUUCUUUUUAUUUUCAUUGUCUGUGUCUUGUUUGUAUUUACAUGUUGGUUGUAUUUUUUGUUUUUAAGUUCCAUUUUUCUAAAUUACUCUUCAGUUUUCCUGUUGUUUCUAUCAGGUCUUCGCUUACUUGUUUCUUUUUAAGACUCUCCUAUAUGGUUUUCCGGUCAACUGAAUCAAAUGCUUUUCCAUGUCUACAAACUUAUGUAUACUUCUUUAUUUUUCUUUAAAGCUUUCUCCAUUAUCUGCUGUAUAAUGAAUAUGGUCUUUUGUUUGUGUUAUGUCCUUUUUUGAGUCCGAAACAUGGCAAAAUGAAGGAGAAUAGACCAAGAUGAUAUAAACUGUCACUGUAGAGAAAUAAAAAAUAUGGAACACCUUCUUAUAUGCAUAUACUGUCCUCAAAAGUUUGUGCCUUGCCAACAAAAAUAUGAAACCGACGUAGCCCGAUAUUGGGCCGAAAUUAUAUGAAUGGCAUGCCCUGAUACAAGAAAGUAAAAUUAAGUGUUAUUUUUGUUGUAACCUAAGACAGAGGCUCUCACGAGCAAAAAAAUGUUGUUCCCUCUGACAUAGGUGUAACCAGGGGGGAUUUUGGGGGUUAUAACCCCUGGCUUAACACCAUACCCCUCAGAGACCUUCCAGUAGUUGUAACCCCCCCCCUUUCCAGUAGUUGUAACUCCCUUCCUUAGGAUCAUCCUGGUUACGCCUAUGCCCUCUGACAAAAUGAACAAAUUAAUAUCAUCAGCAGUUGUUUUGAUCAUACAUAUAUGUACAUGCUAUCAACGAAUAUAUACUCUCAGUGAGAGUACGUAUUCGUUGAUGCUCUCUAUCUAUGCAGCCAUCAGCCAUGGCCAUUCGUCAAUCAGACACACUGUGUUAAAUCUACUUAUGUUUAAAAAAUUAUGUUUGUUCCGUUUCAGUUUUAAAUUCGAACACUAAAGAUUGUGUCAAACCUAAGAUUAGGGUCCAUCUAGAGCUUCAGUUUCCUUACAUCUAGAAUCCUGUCUAGUUUCUAUCAAAACUUAGUAGCAGUUCACAGAAAGAAAUGUUUAAAAAGACAGUAAAAUAUCUCGUAUUUACACUAAAAUGAAAAUUAUAUUAUUGUUUUCCAAUGUCUUGUAUUUGAGAAAUAUUAUGCAAUUAGUAUUUAAUGUAAAUUAUUUUCAUAUUGAUCGAAUAUAUAGCGAAUUUGAAAGUUGUGUUGAUAUGAUAAGCAAGUUUAUUUUUGGAAAAUAGAAAUUUGUAGCUAAUGUCAAUAUUAAAAACGAGUCAUAUUUGGGUAUGUAAGUUAUGAGAUAAGAUACAAGAUAUUAAUAAUUUUUUAACAGCAAGUUGGGAAUGUAUACUAGGAUAUAUAGGCUAUCGGCACGUACACAUUAAAAAAUGUUUGAAAACGGCUGUGAAUAUUUGGACAGCGAGUGUCUAAAACACAAUAAAAUACCAGAAGAAUGGAGAACUAGCGAACGAAAACUACCUACUAUUAAAAAAAUGAGUUAAAAAAGCAACCUGAAAGCUACAGAAGUAUAGGUAAACUUAUUGAAUACUACCCGAAAAAUUACAACUAAACUUUUACAAAAACUACUGAAUCAAAGGAGUAGUUUAGCAGCUGAACAGCAAGGGAUUUCGUACGGGAACAUCGUGUACAGAUGCAAUAUUUGUCAUGUCAUAAAGCAAAGUAUGUACUAAGAUAUCACUAGGGUAUUAUAGACCAGCAUUUGUAGUGUCUGAUUGACUUAAAGAAAGAAUUUGACAGAAUAAGACUCAAAGAUGUAAUCUAUCUACUGUAAAAUAGAAAAGUUACUCUAAAUAUCACAAAAAUUAUUAAAAAAUCCACCACAGCAACAAAAUUGAAGUUAGAAUAGAUGGACAACUUACAGAACCUAUAAACAUAGGCAACAGAAUGAGACAGGGAAACUCAGUAAACCCUAUGCUCUUCAAUUUAAUCAUAAAUGAAAGCAUCAAAAGUGACAACAAAAGAAGUAAAUACAGAAUGGGACACAAAACAGUAAAAAUACUCUGUUAUGCUGAUUACUUAAUAUUGAUAGCCCAAGAUGAAGACAGUCUGCAAAGACUAGUCCACAGAUUUACCAUAAGAGCAAAAGAAUUUAAUGUGACAAUCAUCUCAGAAAACUAAAACAAUAGUACCUAAUCAGCAAGGAACCAAUCAGAUGUAAAAUAGAAAUUGUUGGCAUAAGUAUUGAACAAAUAAUGGAAAUAAAAUACCUUGGAAUUACACUGACCAGCUAUGGAGACCUGGACAAAGAAGUAAGAAAUCAACUACAGAAAGCGAAUAGACUGGCAGGAUGCCUUAAUAACACUAUAUGACGAAACCGACAUAUUAACACCGAGAUGAAGUCAAGAAUUUCAAUAAUAAUUAUAUAUGCAUCAGAAACAAAACCCGAUACAGUCACAACACAAAGAUUACUGGAAACGGCAGAGAUGAGAGUACUGAGAAAAAUUACAGGAAAUUUGCUGAGAGAUGGAAAGGGGAGUGAAGACAUUAGAAAAAAAUGUAACGUAGUGUAUAAACGAAUGGACACUAAAUAGAAGAACAGAAGAGAGAUCCGUGUGGUAAAAAUAUUAGUCCUGUCGCCAGGGGGGUACAACGGCCUCCUUAAUUCAGAUGGACUUACUCAAGUUUUUUUAUGUAUUUUUACCCGUAGAACACGAAUUUUUUGAGUAAGAGUUUGAGGAAACGCGGUUGAACUUUCAAAAAAUCGAAAAAGUGCAAUUUUUGAACCAGAAUAACUUUUGAUUAAUAAAUAAAAUAGCAAUUCUGCUUACUGCAUUUGAAAGUUCAAGUCAAAUUCUAUCGGUUUUGAUUAUUUGCAUUGUUAAAAAUUAAGUUUUUAUUUGUUAAACAAAGCCAUAAACAGAUAGUGUUUCCCGUGCCCAAUGCAUGCGUUUUAAUGUACGUAAUCUACGAAGAAAUUGUGUGUAUGCGCGCCUACUCGUUCGAUUUCAAAUGAGAAUUGCAUUGAAAACAUCAUUCAAUCACUAUGUAUUCAUAGCUUUGUUUAACAAUAAAAAAAUUCAUUUUUAGCAAUGAAAGUAAUCAAAACCUAUAGAAUUUGACUUGGACUUUCAAAUGCGGUAAGCAGAAUUGCUAGUUUAUUUUUCAAUCAAAAGUUAUUCGGGUUCAAAAAUUGCAAUUUUUCGAUUUUUUGAAAGUUCAACCGCGUUUAUGUCGAAAACUAUGCAUCCUACGAAAAAAAUUGUAAAGACAUUUUUGCUUAGAAUGACCCAAAAAAUACAAAAAAAUGUUUUGUUUUGCAAAAAAUCGCUGUCAUGUGAUUUCUCAAGUUCUUUGUUUAUAACAAUCUUAUCGACAUCCGGAUCGAUUGUUACCCAAAAAAUUCGUGUUCUACGGGUCAAAAUACAUAAAAAAACUUGGGUAAGUCCAUCUGAAUUAAGGAGGCCGUUGUACCCCCACUGGCGACAGGACUCUAUCAAGAAAUAAGUAUUUGUAAUUCUAUUUUUAGUCUAUGAAACAUGUGUGUAUCUCUUGGUUGACGUCCAAACAUCGCUCUACGAGAAAAUUUAGAGCAACAGAGCCUCUAUAAUGUCUAGUUAUUUUCUGAAUCCCAACUGUAAUAACGCUGUCCACGCUAAUAACAAGUUCCAGCUUUAUGUAAUUUUGAUGCAUGAUUUUUCAGAGAUAGUACCCAAUAUGGCAGUAAUGCUAGAUUCGAAAAUUACAUUACUUUACAUUAGCAAUUUCGUCAGUAAUACAAACUUUUAUUAUCAAGUGUAUUAUUCGCCAAGUAAGUAGAAAAUUCAACUACGGAAUGAUAUCGUCCUGGAAUGUCCAAAACACAAAAUUCAAAUUCGCUGAAAAACCGUAUACGUAUUUUUAUUUAAGUUGAUAUUUACAUAGAUUUACACACUUAAUUGAUUGUAGUUUUAAUAUUGUUAUACAUUUCAAAGUUUAUUUAUACGACGUGUUAAGCCAAAUCAGUUGAACCGCUGAAUCAGAUAUUUUCAGUUUCAAUACAUGUAAUACAUCUUUUAUCUAUUUAUUUAAGUUAUCUUUUUUGCGUUGAUAAAGAUAAAAAUUUAAUUUCAAAUAAACCAUUAAAAUAUUCAAAAUUCGACAAUGUAUAAAAAAAUUAAUGAAACACUUUAAAAACGGUAUAUUUUAUUAAAAUAUUUAUCUCCCAUACUGUUCAACAUAUAUAUCGAUGAAGCACUCAGGCACUGGAAGAAGAAGUGUAAAGGGAUGGGGCUAUCUAUUGGGGAUGAAACGUUAUAUACGUUGCACUAUGCAGAUGACCAGGUAGUUAUUGCCCAAGACAAAGAAGACCUGGAGUAUAUGGCUAGAAAACUAAUGGAAGAGUACAAAAAAUGGGGCCUCGAAGUAAAUGUCCAAAAAACACAAUAUCUUUGCGUAGGAGGAGAAAAUAAUCCAGAUGACCUCGACUUAGAAGAUGAAACUAUUAAGAAAUGUGACCAAUGUACAUAUUUGGGGGUAAAACUGACAAAGACAGGACGAAGUGAUGAAGCCAUAAAAGACAGAAUAACCAAAGGAAAACAAGUUAUAGGUGCGUUGAAUUCAGUAUUAUGGCAAAAAAAUAUAAGACCGGAAACGAAAAAACGAAUAUAUAAUACCAUAUUAAAACCAGUAAUCGUCUAUGGCUCAGAAGUGUGGCAGUUAUCACAAAAACUUAAAGGUAACCUAUUGGCAGUUGAAAUGGAUUUUUGGAGGAGAGCAGCGGGAAAGUCUAGAUUAGAACAUGUGAAAAAUUAGGACAUCAGGAGACAAAUGAAAGUACAAAGAUCAAUUAUAGAAGACAUCGAAAAACAACAACUAAUAUGGUACGGACAUGUUAGACGUAUGGGGGAAGAAAGACUACCCAAAAAGAUAUUAGAAUGGGUACCACCAGAGAAAAGAAAACGAGGACGACCACCAACAACAUGGAUCCAAGGAAUCUCAAAAGCAAUGUCAGCAAGAAAUCUAUCUGAAGAAGACUGGCAGAAUAGACAGGCUUGGCGAACGGGAACCCAAAGGCGUAUUACGCUGUGAACGGGAUAUAUAUAUAUAUAUAUAUAUAUAUAUAUAUAUAUAUAUAUAUAUAUAUAUAUAUAUAUAUAUAUAUAUAUAUAUAUAUAUAUAUAUAUAUAUAUUUUAUUAAAAUCCCUAAAAAGGACUACGUCACAGAACGUUUUCAGAAUAACAAUUCCAUCAUUCCACAAAUAGUUGCUUGUUAACGUUCGUGAUGUGAGAAUCCAUCUUCUGGAAAAAGCAACCCACAUGGGGGAGUCCUGUGGUGCCUGAUGUGAAGUCCAGGAAUAUUUUAAACAUUACUUUAAUUUUAAUACAAUUAUGUAAAAAUUUUAUAACUAUUUAAGAUCUAAAGGAUUUUCACCCCCUCAUAUCUUGGUGGCACAAGAUAUGAUCCCUUGAUCUGUAAAAAGCACUGAUAAUGGAACUGUUAUUCCGAAAACAUUUUGUGAUGUAGCCCCUUUUAGGGAUUUUAAUAAAAUAUACCCUUUAUAGAGGAUUUUAGUAUUUUUUGUGAUUGAUGGUAUACAGUCACCUACAAGAAUUUCAUUUUCUUGUGGAUUUUUUAAUUUAUAAAAACGCUUCUGAUAUGAUGAUGAAACACCAUGUUGACAUGAAAUUGAUUUGGAUGUAUAUUCUACUUUUUUUAUUAGAUAGAAACAAUCUUACUGGGUCUUCUUCGCGUUCCUCUUAAUUUUUAUCUUAAAUACGGAUUGUUUUCUGUUAAUACCUAUAUUAUUGUUUUUUAUCCUAUAAUUUGUGAAAUUUUUAUCAAAUAUUACUGCACUAUUUAGAUACUGUUUUAAACUCUAUAACUUUUAUUAUUUCUUUGUUUUUAGUUUAUAGUCCAUUCUUUCACGGUUUUUGCUCUAAAUUUUAAAGAACCGCUUGGAUUGACAUGAAAUUUGGCAUACGUAUAGCUUACAUGUCAAAGAAAAAAAGUGAUAUUGUGCCGAUGUGUUCUUUUGCCCUGGGGGUGACUUUAACCCCCUGUUGGGGGUGAAAAAAUAUAUGUCCAAAAUAAGUCCGGAAAUGGGUAAACUGACUAAUUUUAAGUAACUUUUGUUCUAUAGAUCUUUUUCGCCAAGUCAACACUUUUCGAGUUAUUUGCGAGUGAAUAUGUUCAUUUUUCAACAAAAUAACCACAUUUUUAGACGGUUUUUCGCAAAUAACUCAAAAAGUAAAUAUUUUGUCGAAAAAAACAUCCUUAGCAAAAAUAUAGCCUAUAAGAGAGUAAAAAUAAUGGUGUACGCGUUAGGUCUCUGGAACUCAAAUGAAAUUAAUCGUUAUUGCUCCACAAAUGAUUUUACUUAUGUUGUGUUUAUAUGAUCUGUAAGUGUCAUCGAUUCAAAGUGUUUAUUUUUGAAAAAAUUUGGUUUCAAAGUAAAAUUUUUAAAAAUUUAAAUUUUGAAAAAUAUGCUUUUUUUCAAAAUAACUUAAAAAUUGUUAGAGAUACCAAAAAUCUCUAAAAACAAAAAAGUCAGAUUUGCUUUUUUGAAUAUCAUGUAUUUUUUUGUUUUUCUGUUAGACAAAAAUUGAUUAAGAUUUGGUGUCACUAAAUUUGCAUACAUUCGUGAUCAGUGACUCGUUCAACCCCUUUUAAAUACAGCCCUUUCAAUAAUAAGAACUUUGAACCGAUGAAACUUACGGAUCAUAUAAACAAUAUAUACACGAGUCAAGAAACUUGUGAAGUCGUAACGAUUAAGUUCAUUUAAGAUACUAAUUAGGGGGUGAUUUUCUCGAUUUUUUUACCAAAACCAAAAGGGACUAACUUUAUUUUGAGCGUAACUUGUUUAAUUUUGAUGCUAGAAAUUUUUUUUAUAAAACAAAAAUGAAGCUUUUUUAAAAUACUUUAAAUAAUUUGUAAUGAGUUUUCCCCGAAAUGUGCUUCAUUUUUGGUUAUUUCACGUUAAACUACUCCAUUUGGAAUUUGACGAAUAUAACUCUGCUUCUACUAGGUGUAGAGACGUGAUAUAUACACCAUUUUUUUAAAUUUUUUACAGGCUAUAUGUUUGCUAAGAAUGUUUUUUCGACAAAAUACUUACUAUUUGAGUUAUUUGCGAAAAACCGUCUAAAAGCGUGGUUAUUUUCUUGGAAAAAUGAACAUAUUCACUGCCAAAUAACUCGAAAAGUAUUGACUUAGUGAAAAAACUCUAUAGAACAAAAGUUACUUAAAGUUAGCCAAUUUAUCUAUUUCCUGACUUUCUUCGGACGAAUAUUUUUUCACCCCCAAGAAGGGGUGAAAACGAUCCCCAGGGCAAAAGCACAUAUCGGCACAAUAUAACUUUUUUUCUUUGACUUGUUAGCUAUGUGUAUGCCAAAUUUAAUGUCAAUCCAAGCGGUUCUUUAAAAUUUAGAGGUUUUGCAAUAUUUUACCGUUAAAGAACGGACUAUUAGUAUUAAUUAUUUUUUUCAGACUGUAGUUUUACGCAAGUCAUAUCCUCAUUUUACAAUUUUCAAAUUUCUACACCCCUUCUUUCCUCCAAAUUCUAGUAAUGAUCUCUUUUUGUUUUGGUUCAACACGAAUUUUUGACUGAAUCUUAUUGAAUCAGUAACAUAAUUAUUACUCUUAGUUGCUAGAUAAUUUCUGUUCUUGUUAUUAAUAUUAUACACUCAUGCAAGUGCAUGAAAAACGGCCCUAAAAUCUGAAUCAUAGGAUUCUGAAUCUCGUAUCAACUGUUUAUUUACUGCGAAUAUUAAAAUGUAUAGUUGCCAUCAGAUUAUUGAAGCAAAACCUUUAUCUUAAGUUUAUUACAUUUGUAUUUGAGUUGUCUAGAAUCUAGGAAACUAGAUUCGGAUACUGUUCAGAAAGAUUAUUCUAAAGAGUUUGAAGCAAAUUUAAAAGUUUCGAACCCUAAUAACAUAGAAGAAACGUGGAAAGAAAUAAAAGGCCACAUUUCGAUAGCAGCAGAAAAAGUAAUAGGAUACAAAGAAAUAAAAAGGCAACAAGAAUGGUAUGACGAAGACUGCGAAACAGCAACCAGGGAAAAAAACCUAGCCCGAAAGAAAUGGCUGAAGACAGGUAGAGAAGAAGAUCUGGAAGAGUACCUAUAGGAGAAAAAAGAAAGACUCAGACAAAUGCUGUACAAAUAAAAAAAAGAUAUGGAUUGAUGAAGUUAUAGAAGAGUUGGAAGUAAAUAGCAAGAAUAAUGUAAAGCUUUACAAAUAUAUAAAAUCACAAAACAAGAAGAAACCCACAGUUAAGAUUGAUGCCAAAAUAUGAGAGAAAUACUACCAAGAGUAAUUUAAGGCGAGAGAAAAUUCUCUCGAAUAUACAGAAGAAACAGACCUUGAUGAUGAAAUCGAAAUCGAAAAGCCGUCAUAUGAGGACUUUUUACAUGUGUUAAGAAAUCUAAAACAAAAGAGAGCAGCAGGCCCAGACGAAAUCCCAAAUGAGCUAAUAAAACGAGGCGGAGAAAAACUACAACGGAAAAUAUACGACCUAAUAAUAAGGAUUUGGGAAGAAGACAGAAUGCCCGAAGAAUGGAAAACUGGAUGGAUAUUUCCGAUUCUUAAGAAAGGGGACACCACAAAAUGUAACAACUAUAGAGGAGUAACACUGUUAAACAGCUGCUACAAAAUAUUGACAUUAAUCAGACAAAAACUGUCAAAACACAUUGAAACUAAAAUAAGAGACUACCAGCACGGAUUUAGGGAGGGAAGGUCAACAAUAGACGCAGCUCACAUAAUCACACAGUCAAUUGAGAAAUGUUACGAACAUGAUAUCGACUUACACAUCCUUUUCAUAGACUUCAAGCAAGCCUUUGACAGCUUAACAAGACCCGACCUAAUAGAAGACAUGAAAAACCUAGAUAUACCAAUGAAACUUAUAAAGCUUACGAAAAUGACAAUGAAAGGAUCUACUGCAGCAAUAAUUACAGAUAACGGAAUCACCAAAAAUAUAGAAAUAACAAGUGGAGUACGACAAGUCACUAUUCAAUGUCGCUAUAGAAGGAACAAUAAGAGCUACAGAAAUAAAAGGUGCGAUUAUAACAUCGAUGUCGCAACUUAUGGCGUAUGCUGACGACAAAGCAUUAAUUAGCAGAAACCUAAACAGUUUAAAGGAAGAAUUUACGAAGUUAUGCAAAGAAGCAUCCAAAAGAGGUUUAGAAAUAAAUCAAAACAAAAAAAAAUACGUAAUAUGCUCAAGAAAAAAACCCAGUUAAUAUCAUAAGCUUAAAUAUCGGUGAAUAUGAAUUUGAAAAAGUAGAACAUUUUAAAUAUCUUGGGAGUCUCAGUUAAUGAAACUAAUGGUAGAAGUAUCGAAAUUAAUGAAAGAAUCCAGGCAGGAAACAGAACCUACUGGAAAUACAGUAACUUCAUCAAAGAUAAGAAGCUUACUCAGAAUACAAAACUGAAAAUUUACAAAGCAGCAAUUAGACCAGUAAUCACAUAUGGUGCUGAAGUAAUGUGUCUGACACAGAAAGAGGAAGAAAGAUUGAGGAUCCUAGAAAGGAAAAUAAUUCGGAGGAUAGCAGGACCACUAAAUUUAGGUAAUAAUAAAUUUAGAAAACUCAUGAACCACGAAGUAAGAGAACUUCUGAAAGGAGAAGACAUCGUCAGAUUUAUCAAGGCACAGAGACUCGGAUGGAUGGGACAUAUAGAAAGGAGGAAUCCAGAAGCCGUAUCAAGAAAAUUGCCAAAUGGAGACCUGUAUCAGGCAGACCACGAGGAAGACCCAAAACUAGAUGGGAGGAUCAGAUAGUGGAGGACCUUAAGAAGAUGGGAGUCAGAGAAUAGGUAACCAGAAGCAAAAACAGGAACGAAUGGAGGGAAAUUGUAGAAGAUGCCAAGUCACACAACCAAUUGUAAAACGAAAAUGUUAAUGCGGAUUAAUGUGGAUGCCAUGAUGAUGAUGAUUUGAGUGGUCUGAUUAACUUUCUGACACAGGUAGAAAGUAACAAAUGCUAAUCUAUUGUACGUUUAAUUAUCAUACCUGCUAUUCAGUAUGUUUACCUCUCGAAACUUAAUGAUGCCAUUCAAAUGUAAAUGGCUUUGUAAUAAGCUAAGGUUUCUGCAAUAAUUUGUUGGCAGUUAUACUCAAGUGCUUUAAUAUAAAUAAUUAAUUUGACUUGUCCAGUCAUGGUAUUGUGAUGUAUUUUUUUAAUAAUAAUAUGUUACUGAUCGUUGGACGAUUUUUGCCACUAGAUAUUCAAGCCGCUUCAUUUUUUAUGUAUUUAUAAAAGUGCUUUUGAGGUUGGGGAUUUGUACAAAAGUAAUUAAGUACAUGUAUAAUUGUAUUGUAUUGUAAAAUGAUUUUGUGUGGAGAAAUAAAGAUACAUUUAAUAAA